ACCACCCGGAGAUGGACGCCGAGUCGGCCGCCGCCGAGAUCCGCUACCAGUGCCGCCGCGCCAUGGAGGACGACCCGGGCACCGGCGAGUGGGCGGGCGUCCUGGGCUUUUCGCAGGGCGCCAAGAUCGCCGCCAGUCUGCUGUGGACGCAGCAGCGGGUGGCCGAGGAGCUGGGGCCGGCCGAGGCGCCGACCAGCUUCAAGUUCGGCAUCCUCAUGGCUGGCCGAGGGCCGUUUGUCACCCUCGACUCACGCCUGGACAUCCCGCGGCACAUUGUCGACGCGGCGCGACUGAGCUCUGACUUUGAGGACUGGCCCGAGACCAACGUCGGCGCGCAUGUGCUGCGCAUCCCGACGCUGCAUGUCCACGGCACGCGAGACCCAGGAUUGGAGCUUCAUCGGAUGCUCAGGGACAAGUACUGCGAAUCUGGCACCACGAGGCUCAUUGAGUGGGACGGCGGACACCGGAUACCGAUCAAAUCGCACGAUGUCGAGACUGUUGUAAACGGAAUUCUAGAAUUGGCCCAAGACGCAUCCGAAUAGACGGGAUAGAUGUAGACAAUAGACAUGACGUCCAGU